AUGACGGAUGUUGAAGACUCUAGCAUUGCAUCUGCUCAAGUCUUGAUCAAAUGCCAUUUAUGUCCAAACAAAGUAGAACUUUUCUGUACCUCAUGCGACAUAAACCUGUGUGCUACGUGUGUUGGCAAGCAUAUGUUAGAUGUCCAGCUUCUAAAACAUGAUGUCAUUAAAUAUUCGCUAAAAUUUGCAACUUUUCCAAUGCCCUUUUGCCAAACACACGUUGAACAGAAGUGCGACUUUCAUUGUCAAGAGUGUGAUGUUUCUGUCUGCAGCAAAUGCAUCUCGACUAAAACACACAGUCAACAUAAAAUCACUGAUAUAACCAAGAUCUUCAGAAUUAAAGAAGACAUCAUAUCUAAUGAAUUAUUUAUUCUAGAAGAGCAAAUUAUUCCUGAAUGUGAUCGAAUCAUAUCACAGAUCAAACGAGAUAUUCUUGAUUUACCGAAAAUAAACAAAAAUCUGAAAUCCGAAAUAUCCGAGCAGGGUCAGGAGCUGCACAGGGCUUUGGACAAGGUGAUAAAUAAACGUCUUGUUGAAAUAGAUGAGAACGAAAAGAAUGAUAUGUCUAAACUUAAUAACAUUCUCUCGGAUUUCCAAGAUCACCUAGAUGCUGUUUAUAAGGCCAUGAAAAAUAACAAGGAACUUCUCUGUUCAAGACAAGGUGACGUUCUUAACUAUAAAGCAAAUGUUGACAAAUUUAUGAAACUUCCCUCAUUACCCGCCGUCACCUCUGCAACAUUUAACAGAGUAAAUAUUACAGAACACAAUAUUAAUAGCAUUGUGGGUCAAAUAAUCUUACCAUCAAUAUUAUACAUUGAAAAAUUUGCUUUCGUUAGCAAAUUGAAAGAAGAACCCUUUGUAUUACAUUCUUACACUAAAGAACUGCUUGAUAUGCCAGUCAUCACAGCCCACGUAAAUACCGAAUACAGCCAACCGUUUCGAAUCAGCUGCUUGGGAAAUGACCAGGCCUGGAUAAGUGGGAGCUCAAAUGUUAUAACUCGACUGGAUAGUAAAGGUUCCACUCUGGAUAAUGUUAAAACAAAAUCCGGUGGUUUUCCUCGAGGUCUGGCAGUGAGCAACGAAGGAGAUUUAUUGUAUACCGAUUUUUAUGGUAAAAGUAUAAAUCUAGUGAAGAAUGGAAGAGAAGAGAUCCUGUUUAAUGUGGAGUGGAAUCCUUCAGGAAUAUGCUGUUCUGCAUCAGGAGAUAUACUGGUUGCUCUAUCAAAUAUUUCAGCAGAAAGGAAAAAAUUCCAAGUAGUUCGGUUUAGUAAUGGUUCAUUAAAACCCGUGAUCGAAAGUGUUGAAAAUCAGACUCUUUUUAAACAGGAAGGCGUAUUUGCCUGUCUCCACGUUGCAGAAAAUAAGAAUGGUGAUAUAUGUAUAGUUGACUGGAAUGCUUGGAGCGUUCUUAUCUUCAGUAAGGAAGGAAAAUUAAAAUCCAAAUACUCUGGCAAGGCUAUCUCUCAUUCACAAAAGAAAUUCGAACCACGAUACGCCACCAUUGAUAGUCAGGGUCACAUUCUGGUGCCUGAUUACCAUAAUAAUUGCAUUCACAUUCUAGACAUGAACGGAAAAUUCAUAUCUGCUCUUGAAAACUGCGAUCUAAACAACCCAAAUGGCAUUAGUAUUGACAAUAAAGACCGACUUUGGGUGUUAGAAGAAAAGGGGAAACUAAAAAUUAUUGAGUAUAUGAAGGACAUUUGCUGA